UUUUUUCAUUGGACAACACUGAAGAUUGCUUGUCUUCAGCUAACUGUUUGCGGGUUUUGUUGUGCAUCACCUUCCUUCUGGACAGGUGAUUCUCACGCACCAGGCUGGCUGCGUAAUAUGUGGUGACAGGCUCACAAAAGGCCUUCAAAACUGCCCCCCCAAAAAACUACUGAGCACCUUGCUUCCAUUUCCAACAUCGUAUCUUUGUGAAGCGGGAUUUUCUACAAUGAUGACAACCAAAACGAAAUUACAGCGUAGAAAAAAAGUAUCACUAGUUCUCUCCCAUUACCCUAAAAUGAGACUCAUUAAAGAGAAACACGUGCACUAAUUACAACUACAUUCAGCUUAAGGGUAGGGUGUUUUUUUGUAUCAAUAAUUAGUUUCUAUUCCUUUCUAUGCUGGUCUAUCAGAAUAUUACUUUGCAUGAAGCCAGUCCAUGGGACAAAAAAGGUUGGGGACCGCUGAUUUGAAACACGUGUGGUGCUUGUAAAGUCAUCUUUUAAAAUUUGGAAAAGUGCUUACAUUUGAGUGCGUGUGCAUUAGGAUGAAGCAAGGGUCACUUGAGGACCAUUUUUAGGAGACAGGAUGAGCAAGGUUUGACAAUUAGGAGAGGAACAUGCCUGACAUCCGACAGGAAAAUUCCCAUUAAGAGAUCCGAUGCGUCUCCUCUUCCUGCCUUUUGACUUUAAAAAUAAAAAAUGAUGUUUUGACUUGAGGACGAUGCAUUGACUGUAAUAGGUGUCUACUCUUACAAUCUUGUAUUUUUUUCGGAGUGUUUUGGUUGUGUGUGCCUUCUUUGGUGCAGGACUGUGAAAACGAAGGCAACCUCUUCCUUCCUGUUUGCCUACUUAUGGUUCCUGUUCAGCUGCACUCAGUCAGUCUGAGGAGCACAACACACGAGUUGAAAAGGCCCUUAGAGUGUAACUACUUGGGACAUGGGACCCGGGGCGAGAUUCAAACUGAGUCGCUUUCUCCCCUUCUACCUGUCCAAAAAGACCAAAGGCUUGGCGGCGGCUGCAGACACUUUGCCUGCACUGAAAUACUGGACACCGGACGAUGACGAAAUCAAGGAAAUCAACAUCACUCAUGUGGUCAAAGAGGGUUCGGAAAAAGCAGACGCUUCUCACUUUGAACUGCUCAAAGUGUUGGGUCAAGGCUCUUUUGGGAAGGUGUUCCUGGUGCGCAAGGUGACUCCUCCUGAUGACAACCAGCUCUAUGCCAUGAAGGUCCUCAAGAAGGCCACACUCAAGGUGAGAGAUCGUGUGAGGACCAAGAUGGAGAGAAACAUCCUGGCUGAUGUCAACCACCCGUUCAUUGUCAAGCUACACUACGCUUUCCAGACUGAAGGCAAACUCUACUUGAUCCUUGACUUCCUCCGGGGAGGCGAUCUCUUCACCCGACUGUCUAAAGAGGUGAUGUUCACAGAGGAGGAUGUCAAGUUUUACCUUGCAGAACUGGCGCUGGGCCUUGACCACCUCCACAGCUUCGGCAUUAUGUACAGAGACCUGAAGCCUGAAAACAUUCUCCUGGAUGAGGAAGGCCACAUCAAACUCACAGAUUUUGGUCUGUGCAAAGAAGGCAUUGACCACCAUGAGAAGGCCUACUCCUUCUGUGGCACUGUGGAGUACAUGGCACCUGAGGUGGUCAACAGGGGAGGACACACCCACAGCGCCGACUGGUGGUCAUUUGGAGUACUGAUGUUUGAAAUGUUGACUGGAUCGCUGCCCUUUCAUGGGAAAGAUCGCAAAGAAACGAUGAACAUGAUUCUCAAGGCGCGUCUGGGAAUGCCUCAGUUCCUCAGCGCAGAGGCACAGUCUCUGCUCAGGGCUCUGUUCAAGAGGAACCCCGCCAACAGACUGGGAUCGGGUCCAGACGGAGCAGAGGAGAUCAAACGUCAUGGAUGGUUUUCCAACAUUGACUGGAAUAAACUGUUCCGCAGAGAAGUAAAACCUCCAUUCAAACCGGCAGUGGCGCGUCCCGACGACACGUUCUACUUUGACUCUGAGUUCACCUCCCGCACUCCUAAAGACUCUCCUGGCGUGCCGCCGAGUGCCGGAGCUCACCAGCUCUUCCGAGGCUUUAGCUUUAUCGCGUCAAGUCUGUUGGAGGAGGAAGGUUCAUCGGAGCCUGUGCAGCCCCCGCCGCACCCAGUGGUCCAGCAGCUGCAUGGGAAGAACUUGUUGUUCAGCGAUGGCUACGUGCUGAAGGAGGACAUCGGGAUGGGCUCCUUCUCUGUGUGUAAGCGAUGUAUCCACAAGGCCACCAACACGGAAUACGCCGUCAAGAUGAUCGACAAGACCAGUACAGACCCCUCCGAGGAGAUCGAGAUCCUGCUUCGAUACGGACAGCACCCCAAUAUCAUAACGCUGAAGGAUGUGUACGACACCGGCAGGCAGGUGUUCCUGGUGACGGAGCUGAUGCGCGGAGGAGAGCUGCUAGAUCGGAUCCUCAAGCAGAAGUCCUUCUCGGAGAGGGAGGCCAGCGCCGUGUUGCACACCAUCACCAAGACUGUGGAAUACCUGCACUCGCAGGGGGUGGUGCACAGAGACCUGAAGCCCAGCAACAUCCUCUACGUGGACGAGUCGGGGAACCCGGAGUCCAUUCGGAUCUGCGACUUUGGCUUUGCCAAGCAGCUACGCGCCAACAACGGCCUGCUCAUGACCCCGUGCUACACCGCCAACUUUGUGGCUCCCGAGGUGUUGAAGCGUCAAGGCUAUGAUGAGGGCUGUGAUAUCUGGAGUUUGGGAGUUUUGCUGUACACCAUGCUGGCCGGUUUUACUCCAUUCGCCAACGGACCUGAGGACACUCCCAAUGAGAUCCUGAACAGGAUAGGCAACGGUCACUUCAGUUUGUCUGGAGGCAACUGGGACACUGUGUCCGACGCUGCUAAGGACCUAGUGUCCAAGAUGCUCCACGUCGACCCGCAUCAGAGACUGACCGCCAAGCAGGUCCUCAGGCACCCGUGGAUCGUCCAGAGAGACAAACUCCCCAACAGCCAGCUCCCACACCAGGACCCCAAACUGGUCAAGGGCGCCAUGGCCGCCACAUACUCGGCCCUGAAGAACUCGCAGCCCACCCCCGAGCUCAAGCCCAUCGAGAGCUCCUUCCUGGCACAGCGUCGUGUCAAGAAACUUCCGUCCACCUCCCUGUAGACACUCUCUGCGCAGCCCCUGCUGGGAGAAAGAACCCCACCAACCCAACCACCCACCUAACCAACCAGCUCGCUUGGGAGGGCACUACCAGCCAAGGAACACUGACCGUGACCCUGAAACCCCCCUGAAAGAACGCAUGUUGUGAUGGCUAGCUGAUCGCCAUUGUAGUGGACCAGCCAAAGAAUAUGGAUGGGGGGGGGGGGGGGGGGGAGGUUUGUAAUGUGUGUGUGUGUGUGUGUGUUUGUGUGUGUAUUCCUGCAUGACCACCAUGCCACACAAGGCCGCUCAGCCAUCGUUGGAAGUCGUUCAGCUUGCUGCACGUUGAUCUAUCUGCUUGUUUUUGUCUGUAUGUGUAUGCAUGUGUGCGUGUGUGUGUAAAGAUGAUGAGCUUUACAUUAGCAGCUUUGCACUGCUAAAUCCCUCUGUGCCGCCAGCACAAAGGCUGCAGUACUGUCCAAAAUGCUGUUUGUUUUUUUGUUGGUUUUUUUUCUCUUCGUGGGGGGAGGGGGGUUAGUAAUGUGAAUAAAAGAAUAUAUAAAAAUAUAUAUUUCUGCCAUAAAUGCCUCUUUUGGCUGUGGUAGUGCCAGAACAUUCUGGCAAAUGUCCAUUUUUUUGUUCAUGUCGAUCUUUUACAGUGUCAGUUGCAUGACUUGCAGUGUGUGCGGUUUCUUUCUCAGUUUUAUUUGACGACACAUUUCGUACACUGGUGGCGUUCUGAGAAAGAGACUUGGCAUGUUUAAACGUCUAUAUUGGCUUUGUGUUUUUCUUUUCUUUUUUUCGAAUUACAUUUUGAAGGCUGUUUCCUGUGCUGGCUGCUUUCGGUGUUGAUUUUUGUCCAUGGAAAAUAGCGCAAGACAAACUUGAACACAUUGGAUGCAUGUGUUUUUAAAAAAAAAAAAAAAAGGUCUCGUGUCAAGCCUGUUUUUCUCUUCAUAUAUUGUAUUGACUAGUCACAAAAAGAAGUAUUGGGCUUUCAGGGAAAAUUUGAGGAUUAACCUAAUUUGCACUAUAUAACCUUUACAGUUGAACUUAAUUUGACCUCUAAAUUUGGGAAUGCACAGUUGUACAUGUUCACUUUUUCAUUCUUGAAGCCCUUUUUGCACAACUUGCUGUUCUCUAAAAAGGAGCUGAACUUCAAAAUCCACAACAGGCAUUUAAUCCAUUCAAAUUUCCAAGGGCCUCCACAUUGACUUUCUGUGACUCUUCCAGUCUCCCUUUGUGUUAAAAUUCACAAAAGGUUUUUGAUCCAUGAAUCGACGGAGCACUUUCCGGGUUCAAUUAGAAUCAUCAUGUAAACUGUCCUCUUGAUCAUGCCGUUCGCAUUUUGAUGUCACGAGACCUAGAUGACACCCAACAAUUGAUAAACAGUACACAGGAUUAAUCUCAUAGGGAAAUGGCCACUAAAUUUAGCAUGUCAUCAGCAGGUUGCAACAGCGGGACUGGUAGAGUCACUAAUAUUUCACCCGAAAGGCCAUAUUCCUAACUUUUUGGGGGGUGGGGGUUGUGUAUCUGUCAAGUCACUGUUUGCAAGACACUGCUCUGUUUCCACUUUCCAUUUUUUUUUUUUUUUUUAAAUUCUCAAUGACAUCCAAGUGUACGCUUCCCAGGGUAGGUCUUGCUCUCAGCUCGGUGCCUAAAGGCCUACUUGGUGGGGAACGUGUCGAAUGUUUUGCAUAAAAGAAGGGAAGAGUUGUGUGGCUCCGUAAUUGUCCGCCCAGGUUUCUUACCUCAAAAGAGAUCAUAAAGCUCUGUCAUUUUUUUUCUUGGUGGUGGCAAAAAAAAACAAAAAACAUUGUUCCUUUGACUAAAUGUGUGGUGUGUCUUGUGUGUAUGAUAAAGAUGAAGAUUUUUAUAUCUUACAAAAUAUUAAAGAUUCAGUUGCUACAGUAAA